AUGGACCCUGAACAUGGCGCGACCCGUGUCCCUACUCCAGAUCUCAACACUCUGGCGGAUCUCAAUGGUGGCUCGACCAGCCCUACUUCCACAAACUCCAGUCUUGUGUGCUUAGGUACGCCUAGUUCGACAGACACAACAACGCCGCUACUAGCAGUCACCGCCGAAUCGAUAUCAUUCGAAGAGCAGAGAAAGAUUAGAAAAAGAGAAAAUAAUCGAAUGGCCCAGAGAAAAUACCGACUCAAUCAGAAAGCGAAAAUGCUUGAGCUAGAGCUGUCAUUUGCAGAGAUGGCAGCCACAACAAAUAGCACCGGCUACCAUUCCGCGACAGCUAUGCAUCUGAUUGCGUUAAGCGAAAUGACAGAGCCAGAAACCGAGUCCGGCCGCCAGGCGCAGCUCGCCAGACAAAUGCACGAUGACCACUACAUUGACUAUGCCUGA